AUCAAACCAUGGACCUGAGUGUGUGAGCUGAGUGACUACCAACCCAGCUGCGGGAGUUGAAGGAAAGUUGGAAGAACAAAGAGGACAGAAAUGGAUGAAAACCAGGGUUUCAAGAUUUGACACAGUAAAUUGCUGUUUUGGGGUUGACUACGAGAUGCAUGUCCACUUCUCGAAAGCUUCAUCGGGUCCCUUCCUCAUCAUAUACUUUUCUAUGCAAUCAUCAGUACAAGCAGCAGGCUGAAGUGGUUCGAUGCUUCCAUGCAUCACCUACAAUGUUUGGUGAGAUGAAGCUGGUGGAAGUGCCACCUUUUGCAGAGUCUAUCACAGAAGGUGACAUCAGGUGGAUGAAAGAAGUAGGGGACAGUGUUAGUGAGGAUGAACCUGUGGCAGAAAUUGAAACUGACAAGACAUCAAUGCCAGUGAAUUCCCCUGUUGCUGGUGUUGUUAGAGAGAUCAUGGUUGAGGAUGGAUCAACAGUCACUCCUGGUCAACCUAUUUGUAAAAUAGAGGCAGGAGCUGCUGGGGCUGCUCCUACCAAGAAGGAAUCUCCUGUUGAGGCCCCUGCUGUUGCUGCAGCAGCUGCCACAGCUGCUGUGGCAGCAGCUGCAACCAAGGCUCCAACACCACCUGCUGCUGCUGCAGCUGGUCCUAUUCCAAAAACUGCCCCACCAGCUGCCCCACCACCGGGAGCACCAUUGGCUUCAAUUCCUGUAGCGGCAAUCAAGCAUUCGUCUUUCAUCCAUCAGGCUGAGGUUAAGGUACCACCAGCAGACUAUAGCCAAGAAAUUAGUGGAACUCGUACUGAACAACGAGUGAAAAUGUCACGUAUGAGACAGCGUAUUGCUCAACGACUCAAAGAAGCACAGGACACCAAUGCAAUGUUAACUACCUUCAAUGAGUUGGAUAUGAGUAAUAUCAUGGAGCUUCGGAAGAGUGUUGGUGACCAAUUUUUAAAGAAACAUGGGAUCAAGUUGGGCUUUAUGUCUGCAUUUGUGAAGGCAUCUGCAUAUGCUCUCACCCAUCAACCUACAGUUAAUGCAGUCAUAGAUGGUAGUGAAAUUGUCUACAGGGAUUAUGUGGACAUUUCUGUUGCUGUGGCUACACCAAAGGGCCUGGUUGUACCAGUUCUCCGCAAUGUAGAGGGAAUGAACUACCUGGAUAUUGAGAAGGGUAUCAUGGAAUUGGGUGAAAAAGCCCGCACCGGAUCUCUGGCUGUAGAGGACAUGGAUGGUGGGACCUUCACUAUAAGCAAUGGAGGAGUAUUUGGUUCUCUGUUUGGUACUCCUAUUAUUAAUCCACCUCAGUCUGCCAUUUUGGGUAUGCAUGGCAUAUUUGAUCGGCCAGUAGCAAAGAAUGGACAGGUGGUGAUUAAGCCCAUGAUGUACAUCGCACUGACUUACGAUCAUCGACUCAUUGAUGGGAGGGAGGCAGUAACAUUUUUGAGGAAGAUCAAGCAGUCUGUUGAAGAUCCCAGAACCAUGCUUUGUGGACUUUAGAACAGCUUGUGUAAAAACUUGCCACUAACAAGUCAUAAAUCAUUGGUUAGUCUUGGCUUCAUGUAGUGAGUUGAUAUUUAUAAAGCUAUGUUAUACUGUAUAUCAUUUGCAAAUUUGUGCAGUUUGGAUUUUCAUUUAUUAUUUGUAAAAUGCUAAAUAGUGCACAAUUCUCACUUGAGAAAGGAAGAUUUUUUUGUCUUAAUCUACCUAAUUACAAUAACUUGCUAAUGGACACUGGCUUAUGGCAGGAAUUGUUAAAUGAUUUGGAAAUCAAAUGAUGAGUUAAUCUAUACUGUAUUAUAUUAAUUAUCACAAAGAAACAGAAAAACAGAAGAUUAUUCAGUCUUUUUCUCUGUAUUCUUGCUUCUGUGUGAAAAUUUAUAAUGUUGAGAUUCUUGUGCAAAUUGUGAAUAUGUUGCUCUAUUUUUAUAUUAUUUAUGACCUGAAGCUGGUUCUUGAAGGAUUAAGACUACUGAUUGUAGCAUAUCUUGUAUAUACUUGUAAUAUAUCAAACAUUUUUUGUUAUCAGUACAGUAACUGUUGGAACAUUGAAUCCUUCUCACCCUCUCAUGGCUUGCACCAAAUGCCUUCAUAUCCUGAGUAUUAAUACUGGUGAUAAACACAUAUUACUUCACAUAAUAAAUUUUUUUGCCAAUG